AUGGAAAAACCGUCACUCGAAAGACACAACCCGCUCCGGCAAAAUGCUCCAAGCCCCCCAUAUCCCGACACAGACAAAGAAGUCGCAGUGUCAUACCCACCCCGACCAACCAUCGAACACAGCAUGAACGAGGACUGCACCCUACAAGUCAAUGAUCGGGACUGCACACUAGAGUUCAGCGACCGGGACUACAACCUGGAACUCAAUCAAUACGUCGACGACAAACACACAGACAAGCAGGUCGAGGCCGGAGUUGGAGCCGCAGACAGAGGCCAGGGAGAUGAAAGUGGGCGACAGUCUGCAGAAGACGGGAAACAAGAUCCGGAGUCACAGUCUGUGACAGGGACGGUUAGGCGUCAUAGGCCUCGUCGGCGUGAGUGGAUUAUAUUUGGUUCGGCUCUUGGGGCUGUUGUUCUUAUGGUUGUUAUUAUUGUUCCUUCUGCGAUCUUUGGAACCCGUCAGUCUAGGCCACAGUAUAAGCCGCCUACGAAUCCAUAUAUUUCAUGA